UGUCGCGCAAAACUUUCAUACUCGCGGUCGCGCAUGCGUACAAACACUUCCCUGCAUCAUAUCAGACGCUCCUUUUAUGUUUUGUGUGAUCCUGUUGUAUCUUUUUAUUAUAUAAAGGAUUAUGAAUACAAAUAUGUAAAACAGUUUGUUUAAUGAUGCUGAUAUGGUUUUGUUGGACAAAAAAUAUUGGCAUUUUUUCACGCAAGAAAAGUGCAUGAUAAGGGAUUUUUAAUUUUAACUACGUUUGCGAAAUCAGAAAUAUAUCUUCCAUGAAUCAAGCACGUCAUCAGAAGAUUGUUUAUGAGGGAGGCAGACUGACUAAGUAUUUUCCCACAUAGGACGUCACCCACGAGGCUGCCCUCGAGCUCGAAAUUGGCCUGUUUUAAAAUAUAUACAUCAGGACAUAAGUGAACCAAACAUGCAGUUUUUACAUUCUUUCUGCAGGCGAAUUACUGAUGACUUGAGGCAAAAAAAAUUAAUACCGCUGAAGAUAUUGUUUUUUGUACAUGCCUCCACAUUGUUUGUUCUGUAUCCGUACUUGACUAUACAUAUGCGCGAGUUGGGGAUCAACGUGGAGGAAGCGGCUAUCAUGUCGGCUGUCACUCCUGUUGUCUCCAUCGUCAUGCCGCCGCUCGCCGGCAUGUUGGCGGACAAAGUUGGCAAUUUUAGAUUACUCCUGGCGCUAUCGUCGACGCUGGGCGGUCUCUCUGCGUUGUUGCUGUUGCUGGUGCCAGUCGGGCGAGUCAAGAUCACGUUCCCGCCGGCCGUGGAGGCGCUCGCGGCUUGCGGCCCGGCCGGCCUGCUGCUCGAGCCGCGGCACGACCACGGCUGCAAGCCUAAACACCUCUAUUCUUAUGACGUUGACGUGCAAAUACCGAUAUGUGGAUUUGUUUGCAAGUUACCCUUUGGCUUAUCGAGUAAAGAAAAAGAAGCUGUCGUCAAUAAUAAUUUUUACGAAGUGCGACUUGAAUCACGACAAGGCACCGAGCAGCUGCUGUACCGGCAUUCGGUUUCCUCCAUGGUCCCUCGUCCAACGCCGCCUAACAAAGACCACGCCACACGAAACAUGGAGAACGACCCGUAUAUCAACACCACUGUAACAAGAAUCGAUGAUGAUAGACUUUUCUUUCCAGUUCCUAAAUUAUAUCAGUUACAAUGUGACCCUAUGAACAACACUUGUUCUUUGGGAAACGUGGACACAAUUACACAAAUGACAGUAGAAAGUAAUGAUACGCAAUAUCACCUUUGGGUUUCCUACGAAGCACAAAAUGAACAGAAUACCGUUAAAGAGUUUUGGGUGAAUGGCGUCGCUGCGGAUAGUUCUACAGAGUUCGGGAAAGAUGAUCAAGUUUCUUGCGUUGAUUACUUGCAGUUACAAGACGCGGAAGGAAUUACUUUGCGAACAACUUCGAGGCAGCUGGACGAGUGCUCUGCCGCAUGUAUUGCAACGAUCUCGAGGAAAACUUUGUGUGAAAACACAGAACAACAUAUCGAAAUAGACCCUGUGUUUACUUUUUGGUCAUAUCUUGCUGUCCGCGUGUUUAUCGGCAUCAUCAGCGGGACCGCGUUCGCCAUGUUCGAAGGCGCGGUGAUCGCCAUCGUGAGGGAACAGAAGGCCGACUACGGUCUCCAGAGGGUGUACGGCAGCAUCGGAGGGAUGAUCUCCUCGCCGCUCUCCGGAUUGCUCAUUGACUACGCUAGCAGGGGAAAAGGAUAUACAGACUUUAGGCCGGCGUUCUACCUGUACGCGGUGCUGAAGGUAGCAUCCGGUUUCCUGAUGCUGAGCAUCGACUUGCAGUUCAAGCAACCUGCGCAAAAUCUCUUGGGGGACGUCAUCUCUGUGUUCAAGAAUAUUGAGAUGGUGGCUUUGUUGAUUGCUUGUUUCGUAAUGGGUACCGCAUGGGGCUUCAUAGAGAGCUGGCUAUUCUGGCUGCUGCAGGAUAUGGGCGCGUCUCGCUGGUUGAUGGGAAUCACUAUCACUGUGGGGGGCAUCGCCGGCCUGCCGCUACUGGUGUUAUCUGGACCCAUCAUCAGGAGGCUGGGACACGCCAAUGUGCUGUUCAUCGGAUUUGUCUUCUACGCUAUUAGGCUGCUCGGUUAUUCCCUGAUCUACACGCCGUGGCUGUGCCUGAUCUUCGAGGCGCUGGAGUCGGUGACGUCCUCGCUGUCGUUCACGGCGGCCGUCACGUACGCCGCACAGCUCUCUUCUACCACCACUGACACCUCGGUACAAGGGCUUCUAGGCGGACUUUACUAUGGAGUUGGAAAAGGGUCUGGAAGUCUGAUUGGUGGGUACCUAAUGAAAUUUUUCGGAGACAGGCCAACGUAUCAAAUCUUCGCUGGGGCAACCUUUAUCACGGGAUGCAUUUACUUCUUAUUCAAUAAAUUUUAUCUCCGUAAAAGAGCCUCAAGCGACGACAAUGACACCUGUAAGAAGAAACCGGAACUAGACGUAGAGUGUCGUGAAGCAUGUAAAGAUGCAGAUAGAACGAAUCUGCCACUAGAUGUCGCCGAAGUGGACACAGUUGAUACUAGCACCAAUGUAGCACAAGUAACCCACCAAAAGAUAAAAUGCGCAACCGAUAGCAUAGAUGGCGGUAGCGACUCCGGAGUGGAUAAUCCAGCAUACAAUGACACAGAAAGCUGUAAUGAUAGGAAGGAUGAGAAAAUAUAAAAUUGACGGGUAAUGUUAUCACAAACCAUGGAAGUAACUUAGUGCCUAUAACUAUUAGUGCUUCCGUGAUAUGGACAUUUUAGUGAAGUUCACAAAAUAUUUAAGGUAUUAUU